UUUCUUGCAAGCCUUUGCACCCGAAGCACCUCUGCAGAUGCGCUAGCCGCACCUGAAUCUCGUUACAUGCUAGAAUCGACAUGCCACGGCACACGGAACGCUGAUAUUCCACAAGCUGUCUGACUGCUGUUUUCCAUCAUCCUAGGUCCACUGUAGUUUAGCUGAGCCAGUUUUCUCGUUCUCGAUUUUCCCUCCUCUCUUUCUUCUUUUCUCUAUCCCUCCCUCUCUCUUGCCCUCCCUCUCUCAUCCUCUCCAGAGACCUUGGGCCACACACACCUCUGCCUGCAGCCUGAAACAGGGAGAGAGAGCGUAAGAUUUUCCACAGCGUUUGUCACUGCUGUGAAACCAUGUUCUCUCUUCGGUCUGUCCUCUUGGCUGGGCUUUUCAGUCUGUGCAUUUGUCAAUAUUAUGACUAUGACUAUGAGCCUGCUGCACAGUCAAUGCCAUCCUCGCCCAAUUGUGCCCUGGAAUGCACCUGCCCCAUCAACUUCCCCUCUGCCAUGUACUGCGAUAGCAGAAAUCUAAAGAACAUCCCAUUUGUCCCGACUGGAAUCAAAUACCUUUACAUGCAGAACAACCUUAUCGAGGAAAUCAAAACAGGUGUUUUUGACAACGUCACUGAUUUGCGCUGGCUCGUCCUUGACCACAAUAACAUCACCAGUGACAAGAUCCAAUCAGGAACCAUUGACAAAUUGAGCAAAUUGGAGAAGCUCCUGUUCAGCUACAACAAGUUGAGCAAACCUCCUAGCAUUAGCUCCAAGUCCCUGGAUGAAGUGAAGUUCAUUGGCAACCAGCUUGCUACAUUUCCCUCAGGCACUCUGUCUGGCAUGGAGAACCUCACGACCAUCCACCUGGGCAAGAACAAACUGACCUCAGAAGGCAUCACUGGGGCCUUCAAGGGACUGAAGUCAUUGAUGCUGCUGGAUUUAAGUGAGAACAAACUAAAAAAACUUCCAGCGGGCAUCCCCGCUUCCCUGCUGAUGUUGUAUGCUGACAACAACGAUAUCGAAAGCAUCCCCAAAGACUAUCUAGCUAAACUGCCAUUACUGCAGUACCUUCGUCUCUCUCACAACAAGUUGGCCGACGCAGGAAUUCCGGGAGGUGUCUUCAAUGUUAGUGCUCUCCUGGAGCUGGACCUGUCCUUCAACAAUCUUGAGUCCAUCCCUGAGGUCAAUGAAUCCCUGGAGCACUUGUACCUGCAAGUCAAUAAAAUAAGCAAAUUUGACCUGCCCAACAUCUGCAAGUUUAUCUCACCUGUAAACUACUCCAGACUUAGGUCUCUGCGCCUGGAUGGAAACAACCUUACCCACAAUAGCAUGCCUGAUGAUGCAUCCAGCUGCCUCCGUCAGGCCUCCGAGAUCAUUUUUGACUAGUUUUCCGCUCGCUGUUCCAGCAACUCCUACCAGCUUCUUCUAAAAGAUCUACUCAAAUUUAUACUUUAUAUAGCUACAAGGGGGGUAACUUUGCCUCACGGUGACAGAAUACCCUAUUCAUUAUGUCAGUAUAGCCUCAAAUAACCUUUUGGUUAUUUGUUUCAAAAAGAUCUGUACAAUGGAAAAAUAUAAUAGCACCCAAAGUACACUGAGAUCUUUGUAUUAAAUCUUGAAAAAAUAUCCAUUCUUGGCACAUUCCAGUAUAUAUAUAGUAUGAGGCACACCUGUAUUAUGUUAUGUAUGACUUAGUGCUUUAAUACAAAACAUGCUUGAACACCUCUUCGAUCCUAUUAGUCACUUCAGACAUUCCUGUAUGUAAUAUUUAUAUGGAUCAAUUGAAGCACAGAUCCUCAUUUGCUCUUAUGCUUUUGUAUAGAUUGUCUAAAUGCUGGCAGCGACACUCUAUAUUUACUGUACACGCGAUAAUAUUAAGUCUUCAGGAAUUAGCAUUUCAAAUGUAGUUUUAAUAAUCUUUAGCAAGCUGUAAUAACCUGUUUACUCUUUAUCUCUUUUCUGUUUCGAAUUUUAUAUCAAAAGGUAUCAGCUAUAAAAUUGUUCAUGUAACCAGAAAAAGAUGAAAAGUGAAGCAGUCCUACAAAAGCUGUUUACUCAAAUAUCUCUAUAUUACUUUUUUCUUCCAAGAGUGUGGUCGUUAGUUCAAUCUACUAAGGUGUGACUUGCAAGUAUUAUAGAUUUAAACUGUGAAAAACUGCUAUCUAUUGCCAUGAAACUAACAUAUGAUUUACCCAUUAACAGCUUGCUGCUCCAUAAACUGCCAAGAUUGAAGCAAUAUUCGAUUUUGUUUUACUUGCAUGCAAUUCAUCAUACACUCUCUAUAAAGCACUCUAUUCUAUUUUUAUGGUAUGAACACAUAAAGUACAUUCUGCAUUCAAUUGUGCACCUAUAUUUUGCUCACGUUGCAUUGUUCCAAUGUCAUUAAAUAAUAGCAGAUUUCGAGCAUAAUUGCAGGUCUAUUAUGUUAAAUGGUGAAAAUUUCUUUCAAAAAGCAGUGGAUUGUAAAGCAAAUAAAUCAAGUUUCCUAAACACGCUGUAAACUUCACUUUCAUCACAUUACAGUACUCUAAUGCUCGCUUUCUGAUUUUUCACCUAUUUCAUUUGCACUUACUUUCCGCUUUAAUAGGAACACCCAAACAUGGAUGUUGGUGCCAGAUGAGCUAAAACUGCUGAUCAUCCAGGGUUUUCACACACACCAGUCUCGAAUGUUUGAACAAAACGGUGCAAAAAAACUAAAUAAACCAAAAAAUAUUUUUGAGUGACA